AUGACAUAUUCGAACUCCAAUAGCGAUCGCUUUGAGCAGUGCGAGCCAGUUUCCCCCGUAGACAUUGUUCAGCCGCAACGUUCCAAGGCUGUUGGUUUUAUAAUGUCUUCUAACAAAGAUAUGAACGAAAAGCAGGAGAAUCCUGGUGCCCCUAGCCUUAUAUCUCCCCGGACAGCUCGUUUCGCAGAAGCCACAUCAGUCCAUUCUCCAUCUGAACUUUCUGGAACAUCUCCCUUUGCGGAUCCGCCCUCUAUGUCAAAAACCAGCCAGCACGCUCAGGUCUCGGACCUCGGCUUUGGAUAUAUGGCAGAUAACAAACCUGAUCGUAAUGAAGAUCAAUCUCAGACCGGAACAACCCGGCUAAAUCCUCCAAACUCACCCCUAAAAAGUGCCAUGAAAUCCCCUGGUGCUGCUGGCCGUUCAGUCAUGCUCAGUCCAACCUUCCGUGAGGAGCAGAUACUGGAGCACCAUGAGAAGGACACAGAGAAGGCAAAUGCAAAAGAUCUUAAAAUCAAAACACGUGUGCAACUGGCGAAGUUAAUGCUUCGUGGUGUCAGCUUCGGCUGCAGUUUGAUCAUUCUCUCCUUGGUAGCGACGAGCUUUGUCAUUUUUAAUGCCACAAAGAAUCUGGCCCAGAAGAACAGCUUCAAUGCCUGGGCGCCAAACACUCCUCUGUGGCCCCAGAUACUCAUCCUUUCUAUUGCCUCGAUAUCUCUCCUUUUCUGCAUUGGAGUUUUCUACGGCUACUUCCGUGGCGGCCACAAACGCGCAGAAAAGGUAGCCGUUUACUAUACCGUUUUCUCUGUCAUGUUUUUCAUUGUCACCCUAGUCAUGUGGGUUACAGGUGCAGCUGUACUUCAGAAUAGCAAACAGUCUAACGGGAACAAAGACAUAUGGAGUUGGGCCUGUGCCGAAGGUCCUAGAAGGGAGUUCUACAAGAACGAGGUUGACUAUAAACUUGUUUGCCGCAUGCAGGACUGGGCACUUGUAUGUUGCGUCAUUGAGGUUAUCAUUGAAGUGCUUGUCAUCUGCAUCUAUGCCGUGGUUUUCUACCGCUUCUACUCGAAGCGCAAGCUCCGCAAAUCCAUGGAUGUGCGCGACAAAGCCCGAUCUGAUCUCUACCUCGCCCAACUCCGCAGCCAGUCUGCUCCCAACACCCCUGGAUUUGCCCGCACGCCUGGGUUCGCAUCACCAUCAAUGAGUCCCAUGAAGCGAGGAGAUCAUUAUUCCAACGCUGAGGGUGGCUAUGCGACACAGUACGCAACUCCCCAGUCCCCAGAAGCCACCUAUGCUUUUGGACAACGACUGUUCCAACUCCGCCCGCCCCCAAUCCGUGUCCAAGAUUCCACCCCCAAACUUUCACAGGAUGAAUUCAUAACACCGAUGACCCCGACCACCCAUGAACGAAGGAACCAACAUGUCGACGCCGCGCCUGGUGAGCAGAUAUAUGCAAGCGUACCAAUCCCAGGCGCUUACGCAACGCCCCUACAAGUCCCAGCUUCUCUCCAACAACUCGAGACAGUGACGUCGCCCCUGGAAUGGCAGUAA